UGCUCGUAGGGCUGCCCCCGAGCAUUUCGACAACAUAAAAGAUGAUCCUCACGCAGUGCGCCGUCUGCGCCACCGAGCUUGGCUUAACCUUGGGUAAGAAAUGCGGCCGCUGCAGCACACGCUAUUGUGGGCCCGAAUGCCAGAAACAACACUGGGAAUCGGGCGGCCACGACAAGCUCUGCAAACAGAUUAAAAAGGCUGGUGGCGCUGAGCAAUACAACGCAAAUAACAGAUACACGGAGGCCGUGACGGUCGCGGCGGAGGCGUGCGCGGAGGACACCAAGGGCCAGACGUGCUUCAUCUGCACGCAGGCCCUCCACUGGAAGACGAAGGAGGGUCUCGUGCGUGGGUGUUCGUGCCGUGGAACAGCAGGCUUUGUGCACGUGUCGUGCCUGGCGGAGCAGGCAAAGAUUUUGGUCGCGGAUGCCCAGGAGAGGAAUUUGGACAACGAUAAGUGGGAGCGGUGGCACACUUGUAGCCUGUGCGAGCAACAAUACCACGGUGUCGUGGCGUGCGCACUCGGAUGGGCGUGCUGGAAGACGUACUUGGGGCGGCCAGAGACGGACUGGAUUGGGUGCUACGCAAUGACGAACCUUGGGAACGGUUUAGCCGCUGCAAAUCACAACGAGGAGGCGUUGUCCGUGAGAGAGGCCCAUUUGGCUACGCUGCUGCGCCUUGACACAUCAAAAGAGGACAUCCUCAUCAUGCAGACCAAUAUUGCGAACUCGUAUCAAAAGCUCGGACGGCUUGAAGAGGCCAUGUGCAUGCGGCGAGACAUGUACUCUGGAUGGUUUAAGCUCAAGGGCGAGGAACAUAGGGACACCCUCGCUGCAGCUAUUAACUACGGGUCGUCUCUUAUGACUCUAAAGCGCUUCAAAGAAGCCAAGGCACUGUUGCGCAAAACGAUGCCCGUGGCGCAACGCGUUCAUGGAGAGAGUAAUGAGCUCACGCUCAGAAUGAGGGUGAAUUACGCGCAGUCGCUCUACUGCGACGACGGUGCCACGCUCGACGAUCUCCGCGAGGCGGUGACGACGUUUGAGGACAUGGAACCGACCGUGCGGCGCGUGCUUGGUGGCGCGCACCCCCUCACAGUGGCGACUGAGCUCCGCCUGCAACUGGCGCGAGCCGUGCGCGCCGCCCGCGACGGCGGCGUGAGCGCCAUCCGCGAUGCGGUGGAAGCGAUGACGCCGGGGGGAGCGUAAAACACAGGAUCAACGCUGCCGACUCAAAC